GGGUCUCUGUGGACUCUGCUGUGAAUUCCUGUGAGGACUCCGCUCUGCAGGGACAGGACAAAGCUCAGAGCCCAGAGCAGCAGCCUGGACCUGGACCUGGACCUGGACCUGAGUCCCCCUGUGUGUCCUCAAAGAGUGACCCCUCAAUGGAGCCUCAAUCUGCUGAUGGGGGGGUCCAGCAGCAGAGACCAGACUCUCCCAGCGGUCUGUCCUUCAAGAGCGACCGGUCAAAGGAUGCCUUCAUAUACUUUAAAGGACGACCUCCAUCUUCUGAUCAGAGGGUCCAGCAGCAGAGACCAGACUCUCCCAGCGGUCUGUCCUUCAAGAGCGACCGGUCAAAGGACGCCUUCAUAUACUUUAAAGGACGACCUCCAUCUUCUGAUCAGAGAGGGGACCAGGAGAGCUGGGAGGGUCCCGGGGGUCAGUCUGCCCAGCAGCAUCACACACAGCUGGACUCCAUAUUUAGGCUGCUGGAGGACCACAUCGUCACUUUUGUGAGGAGUGAGCUGAAGGAGAUCCAGAGGGCUCUGAGUUCAGAUUACCCAGAAUGCUUAGAGAGUCAGAGUGAGGAUGAGGAGGUGUUGGAGGCUGAGGAUGAAGAGCAGAGGAGGAGCAGCAGAGAGGCCUUUCUGAGGAUCACACUGCACCUCCUGAGGAGCAUGAAGCAGGAGGAGCUGGCUGAGCGUCUGCAGAGCAGAGCUGCUGCUGGAGUCUGUCGGCGUAAACUCAAGUCCUCCCUGAAGGAGAAGUUCCAGUGUGUGUUUGAGGGCAUUGCUAAAGCAGGAAACCCAACCCCUCUGAACCAGAUCUUCACAGAGCUCUACAUCACAGAGGGGGGGGCUGCAGAGGUCAAUGAGGAACAUGAGGUCAGACAGAUUGAAACAGCAUCCAGAAAACCAGACAGACCAGAAACCCCCAUCAGACAAGAAGAGCUCUUUAAAGCCUCACCUGGAAGAGAUGCACCAAUCAGAGCAGUGCUGACAAAGGGAGUGGCUGGCAUUGGGAAAACAGUCCUAACUCAGAAGUUCACUCUGGACUGGGCUGAAGGCAAAGCCCACCAGGACAUCCAGUUCACAUUCCCAUUCACCUUCAGAGAGCUGAAUGUGCUGGGAGAGAACCAGUACAGCUUGGUGGGACUUGUUCAUCACUUCUUCCCUGAAACCAGAGACGCAGGAAUCUGCAGCUUUGAUCAGUUCCCGGUUGUGUUCAUCUUUGACGGUCUGGAUGAGUGUCGACUUCCUCUGGACUUCCACAACACUGAGGUCCUGACUGAUGUCACAGAGUCCACCUCAGUGGAUGUGCUGCUGACAAACCUCAUCAGGGGGAAGCUGCUUCCCUCUGCUCGCCUCUGGAUAACCACACGACCUGCAGCAGCCAAUCAGAUCCCUCCUCACUGUGUGGACAUGGUGACAGAGAUCAGAGGGUUCACUGACCCCCAGAAGGAGGAGUACUUCAGGAAGAGGUUCAGAGAUCAGGAGCAGGCCGGCACCAUCAUCUCCCACAUCAAGACCUCACGAAGCCUCCACAUCAUGUGCCACAUCCCAGUCUUCUGCUGGAUCUCUGCUACAGUUCUGGAGGAGGUGCUGAAGACCAGAGAGGGAGGAGAGCUGCCCAAGACCCUGACUGAGAUGUACAUCCACUUCCUGGUGGUUCAGUCCAAAGUGAAGAACAUCAAGUAUGAUGGAGGAGCUGAGACAGAUCCACACUGGAGUCCACAGAGCAGGGAGAUGAUGGAGUCUCUGGGAAGAUUGGCUUUUGAGCAGCUGCAGAAAGGCCACCUGAUCUUCCAUGAGUCCGACCUGACAGAGUGUGGCAUCGAUAUCAGAGCAGCCUCAGUGUACUCAGGAGUGUUCACACAGGUCUUUAGAGAGGAGAGAGGACUGUACCAGGACCAGGUGUUCUGCUUCGUCCAUCUGAGUGUUCAGGAGUUUCUGGCUGCUCUUCAUGUCCAUCUGACCUUCAUCAACUCUGGAGUCAUCCUGCUGUCAGAAGAACCAACAACCUUCAGGCUGCUUAAAGUCUUCAGCCCCAAAUCUAAACUAACACAUCUCUACCAGAGAGCUGUGGACCAGGCCUUACAGAGUCCAAACGGACACCUGGACUUGUUCCUCCGCUUCCUCCUGGGUCUUUCACUGCAGACCAAUCAGAACCUCCUACGAGGCCUGUUGACAGAAACAGGAAGUAGUUCAGGGACCAAUCAGGAAACAGUCCAGUACAUCAAGAAGAAGAUGGAAGAGGAUCUGUCUCCAGAGAGGAGCAUCAACCUGUUCCACUGUCUGAAUGAACUGAAUGAUCGUUCUCUGGUGGAGCAGAUCCAACAGUCCCUGAGUUCAGGAAGUCUCUCCACAGAUGAUCUGUCUCCUGCUCAGUGGUCAGCUCUGGUCUUCAUCUUACUGUCAUCAGGAGAAGAUCUGGACGUGUUUGACCUGCAGAAAUACUCUGCUUCAGAGAAGGCUCUCCUGAGGCUGCUGCCAGUGGUCAGAGCCUCAAGCAAAGCUCUGCUGAGUGGCUGUAAGCUGUCAGAGAGAAGCUGUGCAGCUCUGUCCUCAGUCCUCAGCUCCCAGUCCUCUAGUCUGACAGAGCUGGACCUGAGUAACACCGACCUGCAGGACUCAGGAGUGGAGCUGCUGUCUGCUGGACUGCAGAGUCCACACUGUGACCUGAAGACCCUCAGGCUGUCAGGCUGUCUGAUCACAGAGGAAGGCUGUGAUGCUCUGGCCUCAGCUUUAAACUCCAACCCCUCCCAUCUGAGAGAGCUGGACCUGAGCUACAAUCACCCAGGAGACUCAGGGGGGCUGCUGUCUGCUGGACUGGACUCCCUCAGCCUGGAGCCUGCUGCAGUCCGCUGGUUGAGGCCGGGUCUCAGGAAGUACUCCUGUGGACUCUCUCUGGACUCAGACACAGCAAACAGGAACCUCAGACUGUCUGACAACAACAGGACGGUGACACGAGUGAGAGAGGAGCAGCCAUAUCCUGAUCAUCCAGAGAGGUUUGACCUCUGUCCUCAGCUGAUGUGUAGAGAAGCUCUGACUGGUCGCUGUUACUGGGAGGUCGAGUGGAGAGGAGAGGUUUCUAUAUCAGUGACUUACAGAGGAACCAGCAGGAGAGGAGAGAGUGAGGACUGUUGGUUUGGAUGGAAUGAUCAGUCCUGGAGUCUGAACUGCUCUGGUGAUAGUUACUAUGUCAGGCACAAUAAGAGAGAAACACGCACCUCCUUUUCCUCCUCCUCCUCCUCCUUCUUCUCCUCCUCCCCCCCCUCUGGUAGAGUAGCAGUGUAUCUGGAUCAUCCUGCUGGCUCUCUCUCCUUCUACAGAGUCUCCUCUGACACACUGAUCCACCUCCACACCUUCAGAACCACAUUCACUGAACCUCUCUAUGCUGGGUUUGGGUUCUGGCUUUUGUUUGGGUUUUUUAGUGUCCCUGGUUCUUCAGUGUCUCUGUGUCCUCUGCAGGAGUGACCCCCCCAAAAUAAAAUCCAUCUGAAGUUGAAGAACCCGUUCCAGAGCUUCAGUUUCAGAGCCAGCAGGAGAGGGUUCCUGAGACUCGUUAGGAACAGAUCACAGUGAGAAGAGUUCGAUCACUUCUCCAGAAUAUAAUACACGAUGUCUACCAACUAGCUUUGUAGCAGAGCAGGACAAACCUCAGAUUUAAGGGUCGGUUUCAAUGGCGGCUGGUCCAUGCGGGGCGCUGGGGCGCCGCCCCCUCUCACAAUAUCUUGAGAAGAAAGUCUGUUUAAACAUGACAGACAUAAAUAUGAAGGAGCUUGGACCGGACCGACCCGGUUUACAAAUUCAUCAGCAGGCAAGUGAUCGAGGAUGAGCUUUCCCUGCCUGCUGUUUCAAAGUGUCGGCACCAAGGGUGUAACGGGGUUACAAGAUUUAAGGUUGAUUUUAAGGUUGAAUGCAUUGGCCAAGCUGUCAAUGGAAAAGAAUCUGGUGGCAGAGAUGACUGACUCUAAUCAGAAAGUCAUUGAGAGAUUUGCAGGCCAGAAGGAAAGGAGGGCAACGUUUGUAUUAGUGCUAGUUCCAUGAAUCACAAUCAAUUUCCUUCAACAUUACAGUGGGGUUUUAGGUUGGUCUUUUUUAUGCCCCCCCCUAAAAAUGUUAUCACCAGCUGCCACUGGUCGAUUUAUGACACAGAAAUCCCUCCUCUUCCUCCUCUUCCUCCUCCAGGAACACCUGACUAACACAUACAUGAACAUUGACCCCAGAAGCCUCGCUCUGUGAACCUUUAUGACGUUAUGACAGCAGAGCAAUCAGCUUCUGUAGCAUCCGAUGGUUUUCACCUGAAGGAAUCAUUGAAUUUAUUGAUACAACUUCCUGACCCCUCUGCAGUUUAUAGGACAUAAAGAGAUCCAUCAUGUGCUUAUUUAUAGCAUCAAACAUCAUUUAAUUUCCAGGUACUAAAUAUAGAUUGUGUUGCAGGAGGGUAGUGGUCCACUCCAGUAGGGGAUGAGUCCUUAGCCCAAGUGCAGGAGUUCCCAGGACCAGGCGGAGGGAUUACCUCCACCUGGUCCUGGGAGCGCCUUGGAAUCCCCCAGUCAGAGCUGGUGGAGGUGGUCAGGGAAAGGGGAGUUCGGGGCUCUCUGCUGGAGCUGCUACCUCCACGACCCGACUCCUAUAGGGGAUAGACAAUGGAUGGAUGAAGGGUUGCCUCCUGAAAGAAGGACAUCAAUUCACAGACCUUUAAAGUUGUAAUGCAAAUAUUCUCUGCACUAAAACGUUUGAAAGUGAUCAGACCUGUGUUAUAAAUGUACUCUCAGAGAAAUGACGUUGAUGUGUUUUCUAUCGCUUCUCAUCAGAAGAGACGUAAAACCGCCAUCAAUGUGACCUCCCUUUGUUAUUAUGUUUCAUUACGUAACACUAAAUGUUAACUUCUAAAGCGUACCUCUUUUCUACUUCCAUUUUUCCUGAAUUGUACCUGCUUUAUUCUUAAUCAACGCAUCCUGUUCAUGUUGCUUGUGUAUUAUAAAGACAUUUGCAUCGUAUUGAUCAGUAUGGAAAACACAACACCGACGUUCAAACAGGGAUGUUUGAACACAUGAUUCCCAUGUUAAGCAUAAACAUGUCAUUAAACACACAUGUUUUACACAUUGGA